GACAAACCAGGAAGUAAUUCAACUCGUAGCGGUUUUGCUCUAGAAACACACACAAAAAGUUCACCAGUAAACAAGUAAAAUAAACAUUUCUUAUAAGCAUGGAUGAAAACGCYGCACUGCAGACUGAGGAGUGGAAAAACACAAAAGAGGCGGUCGCAAAYUUCCGCAAACUGCUUCUUUGUUCCAAAUGCUCUGAUUUGAUGAAGGAGCCCGUCUGUCUGGGCAUGUGCGAGCAUAUGCUGUGCAGGUCUUGUGCUGGCCCCCGGGCAGGGGACGGCUGUGUGGUGUGUCACAGCCCUGCGUGGGUGAAGGACAUUCAAAUCAACAGGCAGCUCAGCAGCAUCGUGCAGAUUUUCUGUGGUUUGGAGUCCCUGCUAAAUCCUGCACAACAACCUGACUCAUCUGCUGCUACUGAGGUUCAAACACAACCUGAAGCUGCAGUCUUAAAACACAAGAAGAACUUUAAGAUCUGGUUCAGUCCACGCAGUCGUAAGGUGCGCUGCAGGGUAGAGAAACCUUCAGAGGUCGAUGUAUCAGACGGUAAAUCUGCUGAAGUGGCUGCAGCACAACUAAGCACCACUACUGCUCUGUGCCAAAACAUGUCGGUUUUUAAUUUUACUUCAUCCUCCCAGGACUCUUCUUCUUCUUCUCACAAAUGCAGCAGUGUAAAUAAAAAAGGAAAGAAGAGGUCGAAGAAAACCGCCACCAGCAAGCAUGUGCAAAAAGCAACUAGAGCCACACUUAGAGAGACAAAGCAGAAUAGAAAGAAGCAAAAGUUGGAGGCCAUAAACCAACAAUGGGGAAUAACAGAGGAAGAGACUGUUCCAUCCAAACUGGAGCAGCCCUGUGCUGAUGGAGAGAGAAGGUCCAGUAAAAAGGUUUCUUUCCUAAGUCCUGUCACCUCUGAUGUGUCUCAGCUUGAAGCAUCACAUGGUAACACAAAUGAACUCCAUCCUGCCAGCAGUGCAAUAAAAGACAGUCUCUCAGAAAGCAGAAUCAAUGCCUCAAAUUACCAAACUCAGCCUGGUCAGAGCACAUCGAACGAGAAACCAUCUGCAAAUGACUCCCAUCCUGAUGACAGUCCAGAGAAACAGGAAAACUCAUCUCCUCCUGAGAAUCCAUCGAAAAGGAACAGAACAGAGGCAAAAACCUGCACCUUGGAGAAUACACCAAAAAGGCCGAGGGCGUCUCCGGGCCAAAGGAGAAAAUCACUGGGUCGGACAUCUUUGUCAGUCAUCAACCAUUUAUCUUCACCCAGGAGUGAUAAGAGCAGCAAAAACUCUAGAAAGGAAAGGGGCAGUCCCAGCAAAUCUUCGGGUAGUCCCGGAUCAUCUGUCGGGCGGCCAAGUUCCGGAAGUCCUGCAGUAAUGAAGAGAAACCACAAGGGAGAGACCCUGCUGCAUCUCGCUGCGAUAAAGGGAGAUACGGAGGCUGUCAAGGAACUGCUGGACCAAGGAGCUGACCCCAACCUGAAAGACAAUGCUGGAUGGACACCUCUGCAUGAAGCGUGUAACCUUGGCCACCUGCCAGUUGUGGAGUUGUUGGUCUCCAGGGGGGCCUUGUUAAACACACCUGGCUAUGAAAACGACUCUCCACUCCACGAUGCCGUAAGGAACGGACAUGCAGCCAUUGUGAAACGGCUACUGCAGCUCGGGGCUUUGCAGAAUGUCCUUAAUCUGCAUGGGAAGCGUCCUGCAGAUUACGGGGUGAGCCAGGAGAUGUUGGAGAUUUUCCAGGAAGCCGSUGAAGGAACCCAAUAUGCUAAUUCUCCUACAUCUCACAGCCCCUCAGCCAAUCUCUCUGCGGUGAGUGAGUGUGUGAAAAGGGAUCAGAUGGUGGUGAUUUUGGCCAGCAAGCUGUCACCAGCAGAACUGCAUCAGUUGGCCAGACUAGAAGAACUGGGAGGAAAAAUGGCUGAAACCUUUUCUAGCUCUGGGGUGAAAGCAUGUCUGCAGGCGAGGAAGUGGCUGCCAGAAGCUGAGCAUGAAGCAGGAGAAGGCCCUCAGCGCAGUCGCAUCAACAGAUGCAGUUUGCUCCCACCACUCUUCGACGGCUGUUUCUUCUUUCUCCUCGGCUCCUUCAAGGCUCCAACCAAAGAUGAGCUCACCAGGCUGCUGCGGGAAGGAGGCGGCCAGCUCCUGAGCCGACAGCCGAAGCCGGACAGCGACGUGACGCAGACUCUGAACGCUGCAGCCUACCAUGCUCAGCCAGGCUCCGAUCAGGCCCUGUGCACCCAGUACAUCAUCUAUGACCACCAGAGAGCCUUCCGGCCUGCAGUGGUCAGACGGGGAAAGGUGUGGUCUGCUCCCUCCUCCUGGGUCAUCGACUGCAUCGCAGCCUUUAGCCUCCUGCCUGUACCAGACCCAAAGUAAUGUCCUAAUUUAGUUUUUUUAUAUACUAAAUAAUAUUUUCACUUCAAAUUGGUUUUGUUUUGUUUUAACGAGAAUGAAGAUUAUGUUGAUUUCUAACAAUUUGCAUAAUGUAUGAAAAGAAGAGAAUUGUGUAAUUUCAUUUUAGUUCUGUGUGCUUAAUGUUUUUUUUUAUUAAGCAUACAGUUGAUAUUAGGCAGCUUUUACUUUUGGGGAAAUGAAACAUUAAUAAUUGAAAGUAAAUAAAAAAAAACACUGAAGCUGCACACAGUUUUUCAUAGAGGUUUACACACUAUUAAUGUGUCUUAACUGACUUAAAUAAAUAAUCUAAUAGUAAA